AUGUAUGUACAGCACGAAGGCCCCCCCCCCCCGCCCCCCCCGCCGCUGUGCGUGUCCGACUCGAACCGCCUGUUCACGCGGGAGUCGCUGAAGGCCGUGUGGCACGGCCACAAGCUGGACUUGUUCAAGGCGGCGCACGUGGGCGCGCGGGCGCCCAACCCCGAGGUCAUCCGGCUGGACGGGCAGAAGCGGCUGCGCCUCCUGGACUUCGCCCGCGGCAAGCGGCCGCUCGUGCUCAACUUCGGCAGCUGCACCUGACCGCCCUUCAUGGCCCGCCUGCGCGCCUUCCAGCGCCUGGCCGCGCACUUCCUGGACAUCGCCGACUUCCUGCUGGUGUACAUCGAGGAGGCGCACCCCUCCGACGGCUGGGUCAGCUCGGACGCCGCCUACAAGAUCCCCAAGCACCAGUGCCUGGAGGACCGGCUGCGGGCGGCGCAGCUCAUGCGGGAAGGCGCCCCCGGGUGCCCGCUGGCGGUGGACACCAUGGACAACGCCUCCAGCGCCGCCUACGGAGCCUACUUCGAGCGGCUGUACAUCGUCCAGGAGGAGCGCGUCAUGUACCAGGGCGGCCGCGGCCCCGAGGGCUACAAGAUCUCGGAGCUGCGCAGCUGGCUCGACCAGUACAAGACCCGGCUGCGGAGCCCCAGCGCCGUGGUCAUCCAGGUGUAAGCGGGCGGCGCCCGGCCCGCCCCGCCCGGCGCCCGCGGGGACGCCUCUAGCGUUUCUUGGUGACGACCGAUUUGGAAAUGGUUUCUCCGGGGCCAGGAAAUCGGGUCUGAUGUUGUCAAACGCUAGCGCUGCCCGGAGCCCGGGCUGGACGGAGCGGCCUAUUUAUGCUGUGGGGGGGUGGGGAGGGGGCGGUGUU